AACAAAAUCAUCCCGGUAAAGUAAUUAAUUAAGGCUAAUAACUCAAACUAAUUAUUAAUACUAAUUAAUUAAUUUUACCCUUUUCGUUUCCUCGAAACUCUCAGAGUGUGAUCGAUUCGCCGUUUCACCAUGGCUCGCCCUGCAAUGGCGUCAACGGUCAAAGCCUACGCGGUGCCUCUCGCUCUCUUCCUUCUCGGUCUUUAUUAUCAGCUUGUCGUUCUUCCUCGCGCCUUUCCUUCUUCUCAUUACGAAGUUUUGGGAAUAAAACGGUACAGCUCUGUUGGAGAAGUGAAAGACGCGUACGAGAAGUUAUCCUCUAAGUGGAAUUCGGGUGAGGAAGUUCCAAGUACUGCUGAUUUUUUGAAGAUUCGCUAUGCUUACGAGCUUCUGACCUAUCCUUCAUGGAAGAGGGACUAUGACAUAUAUGGAAUUGAUGAGCAACUACAUGUUCUUACUGAGGUCAAAGAACAACAUGGUGGGGAUAGUUUCUCACAUAUAGACCUUCCGUUACUUAAUGCUUCCGCUUCUGAUUACAAUGAUUAUGCCUUUAAUGUUAUUACAUCGAAGGAUUUUCCGUCUAUAUUUAAAGAUAGUAAGCCAUGGCUAAUUCAGGUUUAUUCAGAUGGGAGCUAUCGUUGCGCUCAAUUUUCUAAUGCUUGGAAACGAAUUGCUGCCUUAAUGGACGGUAUUGCAAAUACUGGUAUGGUGGAACUCGCUGAGGUUCAACUUGCCACAUACCUUGCCGAGAGAAAGCCAACUGGACAAUUUUACUUUAGAAGAGGUCUUCCUUCAUUCAUUGCAUUUCCAACAGGGUGUAAAACUGCUGAUUGUAUAAUUAGGUUUGAUGGAGAACUCUCUGUGGAUGCAGUUGCUGAUUGGUUUGCAACAACUGUAUUAAAUUUACCUCGAAUUUUCUACUAUACAAAGGAGUCACUGGGAAAAGAUUUUCUAGCAAAAACUGCACCUCAUAAGGUAAAGGUAAUUUUAUUCUCCAAAACUGGUGAGCGUGCAACUCCAUUUGUUCGGCAAAUUUCCAAGGAUUAUCGGGCUUAUGCCUCUUUUGCCUUCAUACUAUGGCAAGAGGAGGAAGCUGCCCUUUGGUGGAACACGUUUGAGGUGGAUUCUGCACCUGCUAUUGUAUUCUUGAAAGAUCCGGGUGUCAAACCUAUUGUGUACCAUGGGUCAUUUAAUAAUUCACGGUUUUCCGAAGUCAUGGAACAACAUAAAGAGCAAGAGCUUCCUCAGUUAAGGAGUUCAACAUCAAUGGAACUUGGGUGUGAUGCCCGGGGUUAUUCUCGUGCUGGAAGUGAUACCAAGAUCUGGUAUUGUAUCAUUCUUGCAGGAAGGCAAAGUCAAGAACUAAACAAAAUGCGUGAAACCAUGCGCAGGGUUCAAGAAAUCUUAUCAAGUGUUGGUGGAUCAGAUACAGCUGAGACUGAUCAAUCUUUAGCUCCAUUGAUAAGUGCAUUCGGAAACAAGCGACUGACUUUUGCUUGGCUUGAUGGGGAAGCUCAAGAACGUUAUUGUUCAUUCUACCUUUUCUCAGAGACAAUCUUUGAAACCUGUGGACGAAGGAGGGAUAUGACUGAUAUACCUCGGAUAAUUAUUGUGCGUUACAACAGAAAUACAACUGCUGAGAAUAUCAAAGUUGAUAGAAAACCGCAAAAUAUAUGGAGUGCAUUACAAGAGGAAGUGGAUCCUGCAGCACAGCUCGUAGUGAGGUACAAUGGUUCAGAAGAAAUUCCCGAGAUUUUAAAAUGGGCAUCAGAAAUAAUUAAGGAUGGUGACACCAAAGAUCUCCCAUUCUAUAGAGCGAAGACUCCCGAACUUGUUCCUGAGGACACAGAUCCUAUCUGGUCCAGAGGUGCACAAAGCAUUCGUUCUAAGAGCGUUGGACUGAAGCACUGGAUGCGCAACAUUCUAGCCGGAUAUUCUGGUUACGUUGGGGAUCCUAGAAUAGGUCCAAGCUUGCUUUUGGCGGCAUUAAUGUCUUUUGGUACCAUCUGGCUGGUCAGGAGUCAACAACCAGCUCGUCCUAGGCAAUCAGAUCGACCAAGUGAAUCGAGUAUUGAGGUUGAAACUAGACAACGACAGAGAGAGCGGGCAAGGAAAUUGUCAAAGAAAGAUCGGCCAUCUUCCAUAACUGACGUGGAACCGAAAGAUGCAUACCAGGCCCUUCUUUCAGAUUCUGAUUCUGAGUAGUAUAAACUGCUUAGCAAAAUAGAUAGUACUGGAGAUUCUUGAAAAGGAGAUAAAAGUGAAAGGCCACAGUUGUAAUUGGAAGCAACAAACACUAGAUGUAGUUAAAUUAAAAUCAUUAAGACUAUUUACAGACCAAAUUCUAUGUAUUAUUUAAGUUGGAAUUGUGUCUAGAAUGUUUAGGCUAGAAACUAGAUAUGGUUAAAGGUUUCUAUUUCAAAUAGAUUUGGAAUACAGAAAGUGUGAGUGUUUAUACAGGAAGUGUCAGAUUUAAAGUCAAGUGGAGUGCUGCAGUUGGGUGACCGUGUCGUUUUACAACCUUUUUCUGAUUAUCUAAUGGCCGCUAAACCUCUUUUUAUUUAGAGUAA